AUGACUAUCAAACUCAUUGGAUAUCCUCCCUCAACUGCUACCCUUAGAGUUAUUAUUUGCCUUAGGGAAGUAGGUAUUCCUUACGAACUCGAACCUCCAGCUAGUUUUCAAUCAUUAAAAGAUGAAGAUUACAUCGCGAAUAAGCAUGCAUU